AUGUUUCAACAACCGUUCAGUCACUGUGAUGCGACUUCUCAGACGCAGUUUUUCAAAGCGGAAAAUGAAUCCAUUCCGGAAAUCACGCCGCAGUUUCAGUGCCAAAGUGAACUCAACUGUCAACCGGAUUUUUACCUACGUGGCCCCGAGAUAAACUCUACGGUUCCCGCUUGGCCGCCGCAGCACGUUCCUGCGCCUACGGCUGCCUCACGACCAUCGGACUGCAUUCUGCUUAUUGACGCCCCAGCACUGCCAGCACCUACCGUUCCUGCUCAUCUGCUGCAACCACACAGGACGCCUGCUCCACAGCCGCAAACUACGCGACUCUCCACGGACAUCUUACAACCUCUCAGGUAUGAUGCAGCCGCGUCUCCCGCGCCGCGUGCCAUCCCAGCUCCUGUUCGUCUUCCGCACGUUUUCCCGACGGUUUCGUCCGUCUCUGCCACGUCGGUUUCAACUGCGCCCGCUACACUCCCGAACCCGUGGUUAACAGCUCCGGCAUGCCUACCGCCCGCGCCUGCGGCGGCACCGGCCGCCCCACCCGCGCCGGUCCACAACGUUUUAUUGACAUCCGCGCCGGGUUCUUUCGCGUGGCAAACACCGGUUGCGUGCUCACCAGUCUGA